AUGAAGCUCAUAAACAACAUUGCAUUGGCCACUUCGCUAGUUUCAGUGGUCUCUGCAAAAGUAAUUGGUGUCGCUCCAAAUCAACAAGAUCUAUACAAACCAGAUGCUGAUGGGAAAUGGAGAUGUUUAGGUCAUCCUGAAAUUGUGCUUGAUUUCAACCAAGUCAAUGAUGAUUAUUGUGAUUGUCCUGAUGGUAGUGAUGAACCUGGUACUUCUGCUUGUCCAAAUGGGAAGUUCUAUUGUGAGAAUAAAGGCCACGUUCCAAGUUAUAUUAAAGCUUCCCAAGUAAAUGAUGGUCGCUGUGACUACUCACAAUGCUGUGAUGGUUCUGAUGAAUGGGAUACACCUGUUGAUUGUCCAAGUAAAUGUGAUGAGAUUAAUAAAGAAUAUCAAAAACAAUUAAAUCUUCAAGAACAAACUUAUAAAAUUGGUGUUGAAAAAUUAAGAAAAACAAUCAAUGCUGCUAAUAGAAUAAAGGAUAAAUUAGAAAAAGAUAUUGUUAGCAGAGGUGCAAUUUUUGACUUCUUGAGUAGGGAAUUGAACAAGAAAAGACAAGAUUUAGAAAUUUUACAAGCUGGUGAAUUAGAUCCUGCAGUUGUUAAGGCUAAACAAGAUAUUAAAACAAGUUUUGAAAAUAUCAAGACUGAAUUGGAUCAAAAAUUUAACUCAUUUACAUCAAGUACUUACAAUUUGAACAAUUUAAGCAAAAUUUUGGAUGCUUUAGUUCAAACUUUUAAUGAAAACUUGAAAGAUGCUGCAGUUAAAGAUACAGUUGAUAAUUAUCUUGCACAUUUGGAAAAAUAUAAAGAACAAUAUGAAUCUGAAAAAUCAUCAACUUAUCAAACAUUUGAUACAAUUAAACAAUCAAUUACCGAUAAAUUAAACUCAAUUGAUUUAGAUCAUGGUGAUACCUCUGCUAUAAAAUCUAAAUUUGAUGAAAUUUCUACAACAUUAUCUGAAAAUUUAAUCAAACACGAUUUUAUAAAUGAACGUGCUAUUGAUUUAGAAAAUCUAUUAAGUCAUUUGAUCAAUAACUAUAAUCCAAAUUUCAAUGAUCCAAAUGUUAAAGAAGCUGUUAAUUCAUUUCAAGAUUUCUCAGUGAAUAAAGAAUCUUUCAAAGUUCCAACAGAAGAAACCAUUUCUUGGUUUAAAGAACAAACCAGUAAAAUUAAUGAAUUAGCUAAGAAUGUUGUUAGUUCAAAUUCAGGUUCUGUGAAACCAAAAUUAAUUUCAUCUACAAAUGGUCCAUUCUGGGAAAAACUUAAAUAUAGAUACAGAUUGUUAGUAAAUGAAUUCUUGGGUAUUGAAUCAAAAGAACAAUAUAGAAUUCAACCAUAUCAACCAAAGGAAUCUAAAAGUGAUUUAGAAGUACAAGUUGAAGAAUUGAAUAAAGAUUUCAAUGAACAAAACAAUGCAAUCAAAUCUAUAAAUGAAGAAUUAUCCAAAAAUUAUGGUCCUCAUGAUAUUUUAAGACCAUUAAAAGAUAUUGCUAUUAAAGGUCACAUUGGUGAAUAUGAUUAUGAUUUAUUCUUCACUGGUAAUGUUCAUCAAAAAGGUCAUAAUAAUAACAUUAAAAUCGGUUCAUUCGAAUCUAUUGAAGUUAAAGAUAUUUCACCAAAAGAACAUCAAUUGGUUUUGAAAUAUACUAAUGGUGCAAGAUGUUGGAAUGGUCCUUUAAGACAAGCUGUUGUUAAUAUCGAUUGUGGUGCUGAAAAUGAAUUGAUUGCAGUUACUGAACCAGAAAAAUGUGAAUAUCAUUUUAGAGUUAAAUCACCAAUUGGUUGUAAAUUACCUGAAUCUGAAGAAAAAUCUGAACAAGAAAUUAAAAAUGAAGUUGUUCAUGAUGAACUAUGA